ACUUAAAACGUUUAUAAAUGAGGCUUUCACACCAUAAAUGAAGGUCUGUAGGGUGAGUCCUCCCUCAGAUCUGCACAGUUUGAUGACCAGUUUGUGGAGAUCGAGGGUCGGUCUUUUCCGCCGGGCUGGGUCCUCCGACUGUCUGUAUGGGUAGGUCUCAGCGUUGUGGGUGUGUUCGAGAAAGAGUUUAAAAAUCCCACACAUGCGCACAACGGGCUCCAGACCCCCCCUCUUUCUCACAUUCACACACACAGAGAAACACACACUCGCACACACUCACUCUUACACACUCUUCUUGCGCCAUAUUGGACUGCUAACAGAGCGGAGCCGUUCAGCGCUGUAACCCGCUAGCACAACUCGGCUAGCGGCUAGUCCGGACUCUUAGCCCCGCUUCUGCUGGGCGCUUUUUAAACCUCUUCGCGGUUCCUGAAACUCCCCCAGGCGUCGGUUUUUAUCCCCCACAGGCGAGUGUUUUUCCCGUGUCUGGGUCGUUCUGUGUGUGUGUGUUUUCUUCUCUCUUUCGGAGCCGUUCGCUCGGAUGGACCCGAGGCUCACCUGGAUCCAGCCCGAGCAGAAGGGACCUGCUAACGCUCUGUGGAUGCGGGUGUGGGAAACCUCGCAGGGUUUACGGACCGGCACCGGGACGAACCGGGCCAGCUCCCCCACCAUGGCGUCUAGUUUUCCGAAGAACAGCCCCGCCGUGGUUCCGCCGGUACCGGGCUAUUCCGGCCACCAUCACCUCGCUAACGGCAGCGCCGUCUCCUCCGGUUUCUGCCCGCCGGUUGACUCCUGCGGUAUGAUCGAGCUGGCCAACGGCGCGAUAAAAGCUCCCCAAAAGGACGGCUCUCUGUCCCCGACCGAGUCCGCCGACUCGGAAACGGACAGUCCCAAGUCGGACUCUUCUGGAACUUGGGCCAAACUUCAUUUCAACUUCGUCGAGCAUUUGCACAACAUUAACAACUACCUGCACCACCGUCGCCACCACCAACAGCAGCAGCUCCAUCCCCACACUACUCUCCAGCCACACUUACACCGGCACUUCCCCUCGAAAGACCUCCAGCAGAACCACCACCAGGCCAGAAAGAAGAGCGACAACAAAGCCAGCACCUACGGCAUCAACUACCUGCUCUCCAGCUCCAACGCCAACGCCAACCACUUCUUUUCAGGGACACCGUGGAAGACGAGGAGAUACAGCCCCGGUAUUAAUGGGCUCCACGAAGAGAUAGUGGACUUCUACAACUUCAUGUCCCCGUGGCCGGAGGAAGAAGCAAUGAGGAGAGAUGUGGUGAAUCGCAUUGAGACUGUGAUAAAAAGCCUGUGGCCUACAGCUAAUGUCCAAAUUUAUGGCAGUUUCCGUUAUGGACUCUAUCUCCCAACAAGUGACAUUGACCUGGUGGUGUUUGGGAACUGGGAGCGGCCUCCUCUGCAGCAGCUUGACCAGGCCUUUAGGCAGCAGGACUUUGUCGAGCCUUUCUCCAUCAAAAUACUGGAUAAAGCUACAGUUCCUAUAAUUAAACUCACUGACAGAAAAACGGAGAUGAAAGUUGACAUCAGCUUUAAUGUAGAAACUGGGGUCGACACUGCAUGCUUUAUUAAGGACAACUUGAAGAAAUACUCAGUGCUGCCGUACCUGAUAUUUGUUUUGAAGCAGUUCCUACUGCAGAGAGAUCUAAAUGAAGUGUUCACUGGAGGCAUCAGUUCCUACUGCCUCAUUUUAAUGGCUAUCAGCUUCUUACAGCUCCACCCCAGAAUUGACUGCAAGGGCUCUAAUAUCAAUCUAGGCAUUUUGCUCAUUGAGUUCUUUGAGUUGUACGGUCGGAAUUUUAACUACCUGAAGACGGGCAUCCGUGUGAAGAACGGAGGGGCGUACCUGGCCAAGGAAGAGAUGAUGAAAGCCAUGACUAAUGGAUAUAGACCCUCAAUGCUGUGUAUCGAGGACCCAAACGAAGAAGGUAAUGAUGUAGGUCGCAGCUCUUACGGUGCCAUGCAGGUUAAGCAGGUGUUCGACUACGCUUACAUCGUCCUGAGUCACGCUGUCUCUCCCCUGGCCCGCUCCUAUCCCAACAAAGACAUGGACAGCACACUAGGCCGGAUAAUCAGAUUGACCCAGGAGGUGAUUGAAUACAGGGAGUCGAUCAUCAAGAGAUGGAGAAACAGACACAAUGCCAGAAUAAACAGCUGUCUUCCUCAGCUCGGAGGUGAUUCAGAGGAGCAGCAGAGAGACUCCUCAUCUCCUCAAAGUGCUGAUUCCAUCAUGUCUCAGUCCAGCCCUCAGCAGCACUCAUCAUCGUCAUCAUCCUCAUCCUCUUCUUCCUCUGUUUCCUCCUUGUCAGGAAGUGACAUUGACUCUGACUCAGUUCCAUGUGGAACCAAGCAGCUUCAAGCUUUCCCAGAAUCCACCUUGCCCAGCACACAGCAGAGGCCACAAAACAGGGCAAAUCCAUCUGAAACAGUUUCAUCCUCCAAUGGACAGCUGCGAAAAUCACUCCCUGCGAAUGUGGUGGUGCCCUCGCUUUUGCCAGGGAGACCAGCAUGUGUGGACGGGUGUGUUCCAUUUAGUGCUGGUUACCGGCUGCCCUCCCCUGUCUACCUCAGCCCCCUUCCGGGCUCUCACCACCAGCACUACGCCAAGUUUAAUAAUGGUCAGAGGUUCGGACUGAAGGGGCCGCUGCACACCAGCAGCUUUGAGCCUGGAGUAAUGCCAGGACCCCGAGCUCUUCCUCCACAGCACAACCGCAACACUUGGCGCCGCCGCAGGAGGGACACAGCACCCUCCAGCCUUAGCAGAUAGAGCCGGCACUUCUGCCGCAGGUCAAAGGUAGCACUUCCUUUAUAGGUGGCCGCCAAACCCACUCCCUGCUCUCUGACGCACGUGGUCUUGAUCUCCAGGUCACAGCGUGUGCAUCUGACAUGUGACUGCCUGUUUGGAUGUACUUGUUUGUUUAUACGUAAUCACUGUUCACCUUUUUUCUUUUUUUUCUUUUUUUUUAUUUUAAUAUUUGACCCUUCCUCCUCCACUUUUUUGUUUUUGUUUUGUUUUUUGUUUUGUUGUCUGGUGGCUGUAGUCUUUUACGUUUUGUAGAAGUUAAAUUUGGGUUUCUGUUUGUGGUGCACACUAAACUUUUCAGCACAGCCAGGCUGUGCUUGGAAUAAUAUUUAGUAUAACUCUUGUGCAAUAUGGGUCUUUGUUUUAAUUUGAAAUUUUUAGUUCAUUUUUUUAAUUUAAUGUUUGUCAAAGUUUACAUUUUGUGUUCUGUAAUGAAUGUAAGACUGUGGUGAGGUUUAUUUGAUGUUCUUAUGUGCAUAACAUUUUUAGCAUGUUCAAAUCCAAGCCAUGAACAUUUCCGUGAGCCGUGAUUUGUGGUUUUGCGCAUGCUAAAACCCUAUUUAUGUACUCGAUUCCGCAAGACGUCCUCCCGAUGCGCCGGCCUGCCAUACGUGCAUUUCAGCUUCCGCACCAGCAGAUGGAGCCAUUGUUCUUAAACUGCUCUGUGCCAAAAUCCUAUGGCUACUACAACCGGAGGCCUGAUAGACCAAGUGUUCCUUAUGUUAUAGCCUACGUCUUGUCUUUUCACAGCCAGCAACGUACCAAAUCGCUUUUCCUUGAUUUUUAUACUUGAUUAAUGUUGACUUUUUAUUUUGGGUCGGAUUUUUGACUCACUGCAAUUCUUUGUGGCCAGCUGAAUAGUUGGGUCAGGGCACGUUUCUGGGGUUAAUUUAACCGUCUUGCUGAGGCCUCAUUGUCACUUUUACUUUAUCAUUUGAGUCGCAUCGAAGCUCGAGGGACACUAGGAUGAAGCGAGCUUGUCCUUUAGUCCAUUUGAAAUCAGUGUAUUUGUUUGUUUGUUUGUUUUUUUGUUUUUUCAUUUUUUUUUAUUAUUAUUAUUUUUUUUUAUAUAAGGGAUCUCCAAAAAAGGUUUGCUUGCCCAGAGGCAAGACUACUUAGUGAUUCCGUUAUGGAAUCUUUCUCUGUCGGCUUCUCGUUCUGUCGAGCAAUGCAAGUACACAAACAAAUGACCAACAGUGUAAUCUUUUUGCUUCCUUUUUUAAUUUUUGGGUAGAAACUGCCAAAAGUAUGGCUUGCAGUUUUAUUAUGACUUCUGUAAAAUUCUCUAGAGACAAUUCUUCCAAAUGAACAGACUUUGUUGAUGGCGCAGCUUGUUCCAGUGCCAAAUUUUAGCGCAUCAGUCUACUUCCAAACUUCUAGGCCAGUUAGAUCCAGCACCGUGCAGUAUUUCUACCAGUGUUCUAUGCAAAGUGUAUUUUGAUAUUUAUUUGCUUACAGAGGCAAGUUGUCAUUGCCAAUUUGUCAUUUACCUAUACUCAUGCCACUAUAAUAGUAAGCACUCUGGUACAGGAUGGUAAAAGUGAUCUUUAGCUCAAUGGUGGGAUCAUGUACUGUUCACUUUUUUCUUUUUUUAAAAUACUAAAGGAACUUUAACUGUGUCCUGCCAAAUAUUCCAUGGAGCACUCAAUUUUAUUUUUUAUUUACGUUCAUCCCAAAGACCAUCUUAAAGUAUGCCCAGCUGUGUAACACAUUUUCAGCUGUUUGUCUCUAGCACCCCCAAAAGUGGCUUCCUCAUUGACCUUGGUACAUAUACAGUGCUGGAGAAUUACCAAAAGGAGAAUCCUGCUUUGCACUCCAUGGACUUGGGAAGGGGACAUGGCUGAGCACAUGGAUAAUUCUGUCAGUCUUUACUUCAGCCACGUUCCCACUGAAUGAAAAUGGUGUCCACGUGGGCCAAAUACAUGUCAUCUUCAAAAAGGUGACAUUUGAAUGUAACCUGAAGUAAAUAAGGUUUUGGUGGGGGGGGGGAGUUUUUGCCUUUUUUUGUCCCUGGAUAUUUUUAUGUAAAGUUUUUUCUACAGAUUAUUUUUAAAAUAAAUAUCUUAAAAGACUGACUAUUGUGUUU